AUGGAUCCAUUUUUACAUGCAUUUUUUGCAGUUGAUCUUGAUCAUGAUGAAAAAAUCAGUAUGAAGGAUUUAAAGAAUUAUGUUGAAACAUACAAUCUAGACGAGAAAAUGAUUGAAAGCUGGAGAAAAUUAUUUGAUCCAAAUCGUACUGGCUAUAUAACACUAGCAAAGUUUUGCGAUGUACUAGGAGUAAAAAUGGAAGAAGCUCGAAAGGUUAGGGAAGAAAUUAAAAGACGUUCAACCAAUAUACUUCCAUCUGAUGUCUAUGUUAUUGCACAACAAAUGAGUAUCGCCGAUCAGAUACAAAUAAGUGAUCAAGCUAGACGUUUAUUAUUUCCACCUAAUGAACUUGAUAAUAAAGAAAUUGCUCAUAAUGAGCAACAAAAUGAGACCAUUACAAGAGAUGAAUUGAGACGUUAUGUAAAGCACAAUCAUUUAGAUGAAGGGAUGAUAACGGUAGAUAAUUUGUUUUCUAAAAAAAUUGUUUUAUUUAUAAUUAAUGUUUUGAAAAUACUUACUUUUUCAAUUGUCAAGAAACUAGUUCAAGCUAUAUCUGUAGAAUAG